AUCUUCUAUUUAUAAAUCUGGAUAUUAAUCGCAUUAGACAAUAGUCUUAUUAAACACACCUUUAGUGCGGCCUCCGGAGAUUCCUAAUAUUUGUUUUAUUAUCUUAUUAACUGUGACUAUUUCAAGAUUUUAUAAAAAUGGUUUUCUUUUUCGAGAGUACUGAUGAAGAUCUUAUUAAGUGGGGAUGGCCAGAAGAUGUUUGGUUUCAUGUUCAUAAAUUUUCUUCUGCUCAUGUAUAUGUCAGAUUAAAAUGUGGCCAAACAAUUAAUGACAUUCCAAGCGCAGUUUUAGAAGAUGCAGCUCAAUUAGUCAAAGCAAAUAGUUCUGAUGGAAGUAAAAUGAAUGAUAUUGAUGUUGUUUAUACUAUGUGGUCUAAUCUUAAAAAAACACCAGGUAUGGAUGUUGGAGAAGUAACUUUUCAUAAAGAGCGUGAAGUCCGUAAAAUUCAUGUCAAUAAACGUAAUAACUCAAUUGUUAAACGUUUGAAUAAAACAAAAAGAUUCGAAGAAGUCAAUUUUCAAGUACAGAGAGAAGAAAGAGAUAGAAAUGAAAGGGAAGAUAAGAAAAAACUUCUUAGAGAACAAAAGGAAAAGGAAAAAGCUGAGGAAAAGAGGCGUAAAGAUGAGGCUGAAAUUAGAAGCUACAAUUCUCUUUUUAAUUCUGCUAAUAUGACAUCUAACGCAGAAAAUACUGGUUACGAUUCAGAUGAUUUCAUGUGAUAACUUACCUUCAUUCAUCAUGCUGUUUGAAGUUAUACACAAGAUAUAUUUAAUGAUGUAAACUUAAAUUGCAAUUUUGUUAG